AUGAAGAACAGAGCAUAUCCUGCACUCCAGACGCGCUUGACCAAUUUGCACCUCCAAAAUCUAACUCUCGAUCUCCUCUUGGCACUACAAGGUCUCCGGGCAUCUCGCCUCCUCUCCUCCCGUGGUGGAGGCAAGAAUCUCUUCAGCGACCUAGCGAAACUCAACUCUCUCGUCAACGCUGAUGAUUUCGACUUUGACCGUAUCCGACCUCUCCUUAAUGCCGUGCUCGCCAACAAACCAGACAGCAAGAUCUGGGACAAGGUCUACAACGCUAUCACUGAAUCAACCCCUCCUCCCCGACCGAUAGCUUCUUCUCUCCAACAGACCCCGUGGCUCCGCAACACGAGCAGCUUCGCGAACUCGUCAGAACACCGCAAAUACGUGGACGAUGUGCUCAAGGAGGAGCUCGGCCCUAUGUAUGUUGGGCUCCGCGGCUUCGACCAGACAUACUUUGGUGCUGUGGCCGACCUCGAAACAGCAUCCGAAGCUUUCUUCAAGCAGUGUUUAGGAGGAGGUGAUCCAUUCUUUGACGACGGUUAG